AUGGAGCUCUGUCCACUCUGUAUGAUCUUGCUUAUUUUACUUAUCAGUGUUGGACAAGCUGAAGAGUCUAUACCAGUUCUGUCUGUGCAGCCGAAUUCACCACAAAUAUUCAGUGGAGAGACGGUUACACUCACAUGUUAUAUUUUAGCAGGAAGUGGACCGUACAACUGGUACGAAGAUGGUGAUAAAGUUCACAGCUGUACUGAAAAUACCUACAUUAUAAAAGUAAAUCAGAGUCACAAAUACAAAUGUUAUGGGUUUUCAUAUGGACAACAAACACCAUGGAGUAAUGAAGUGGCUCUCUCAGUGAUAGAGAGACCAAAAGCCGUUCUGACUCUGCAGCCUGAUGGACAGAUAUUCAGUGGAGAGAAAGUAACUUUCACAUGUGAAAUACCAGGACAUGCAGACACUGAGUGGACGUACAACUGGUAUAAAGAUGGUGUUCAACUUUCCUCCUACAGUGUGAACAGGAAAUAUUCAUUCAGUGCUGUAAAAUCUUCCAGUGGUAGUUACACCUGCCGUGGAUGGAGAAAAUAUGACUCUCAGACUUCAGAGGCCAGCAACGCUGUUACACUCACUGUGUCAGUGCGACCAAAACCUGUGGUGUCCAUCAAUCCUGAUAAUCAGGUGUACAGAGGAGAGACCGUCACUCUCAGAUGUGAUAUACAGGAUAAAAAGAUCUCUUACUUGAACUACCGCUGGAAUAAAGAUGGUUCUGGUGUCAGUAGUGAACAGGAGUACAGAAUCAGUAGUGCUGAAAUGACACACACAGGUAAAUACACCUGUAGAGGAAGAGAGAGAGGAGGCUCACACUCCUCACACACCAGUGAUGCUGUUACACUGACUGUAUCAGAAAAACGUAAACCUAAACUCACAUCAGACACUAACGGAGCUGCACUGACAGGAAACUCAGUGACUCUGACCUGUACACUGAACCUGCAGUCUAAUGGCUGGACGUUUUACUGGAUUAAAGACACACAGAGCACUGAGACUGAGACUGAGACUGAUACACACUCCUACACCAUCAGAUCAGUUAGUGUCUCUGAUGGAGGUCAGUACAGGUGCAGAGCUGGAAGAGGAAACCCAGUCUACUACACACACUACAGUGAUGCACUCUGGGUAAAUGUUACUGAGAGUACUAAAGCUGUGGUGACCAUAAAGCCUGAUAAUCAUGUGUUCAGAGGAGAGAGCGUGACUCUCAGAUGUGAAAUACAGGGAGGAGGAGACACUGAGUGGACAUACAGCUGGUAUAAGAAUAAUAACACAGUUUCCCCAGAACACACAACAGAGGAUUACAACCUCAGCUCAGUUAGAAAUGAUAACGGGGGUAAAUACACCUGCAGAGGGAGGAGAAGCAGUGACUCUCAGAGCUCAGAGAUCAGUGAUGCUCUUACACUCACUGUAUCAGACAGAGCAGAGACAGUAGUGAGUGUGUCUCCACUGAGCUGGCUGACUGAAGGAGACUCAGUGACUCUAAGCUGUGAGGUUAAACACUCCUCUACAGGCUGGACAUUCAGCUGGUACACAGAUGUUCCCUACAGAGACAGUCAGGGUUCCCUCAGGUACAGGACAGCGCUCCUCUCAGACAGCAGCAGAGGAUCUGGAGGCUCCUACACUCUCAGUCCUGUUACUCUGAAUCACACAGGAGUUUAUAUGUGCAGAGCAGAGAGAGGAGAACCAGUCUUUCACACACACUACAGUGAACCACAGCCUCUGUUUGUCACUGUUGGAUCUCCUCCAGUGUCUCUGAUCAUCAGUCCCAGCAGAACUCAACACUUUACUGCUGACUCUCUCUCACUGAGCUGUGAGGACCAGAGAGACUCUACUGGAUGGACAGUGAGACGAUACACACACAGUGAGACACUGUACAAUUGUUCAUCAGUUUCAGGAUCUACAUGUAACAUCAGCUCCCUCUCUACAUCACACACUGGAGUUUACUGGUGUCAGUCUGAAUCUGGAGGACGCAGUAAUUCUCUCAACAUCACAGUGCACAAUGGUGAUGUGAUCCUGGAGAGUCCUGUCCAUCCUGUAACUGAGGGAAAUCCUCUGACUUUACACUGUUUAUAUCACAACACAAAGAUCUCAGACUCUGGUGCUGAUUUCUAUAAAGAUGGUUCAGUUCUCCAGAAGCAGACUACAGGAGAGAUGACCAUCAGUAGUGUCUCAAAGUCAGAUGAAGGUUUCUACCACUGUACACACCCAGAGAGAGGAGAGUCACCCAAAAGCUGGGUUUCAGUCAGAGGUUCUGGAUUCAAUAUUGUUAUAGUAGCUGUGGCGGUGGGAGUCAGUUUGACCUUGCUGUUUAUUAUCCUAUUUCUGAUCCUAGUGUGGAAGCACAAGUGCAACAAAAGAAAGGACAGAGAUAUACAGCAUAACAGCAAUCAGGCACCAGACUGGAACUUAUGUCAAACAGGAGCUGAAUACUUGCAGUCAGGAAUAGCAGCACUUAAGACCGACAAUGAUGCUGGAUCUAUUGAUGUGACUUACAUUGAGCUUGAACUUAAACCACAGAAAAAAGCAAGAAAAUAUCAAGUAAAGACGAAUGCAGAAUCUGAAACUGUUUACUCAGAGCUAAAGAUAAACACACAGUUGAGGGUUAAGGGUCUUGUUCAAGAGCCCAAUAGUGGCAACAAGUCUUGUUGUAAAUGGCUUAACCAUUGA